UUCCCCGCAGAGGAUUUCGUGUUCCAGUUUAAGGGCGAGUGCUACUUCACCAACGGCACGGAGCGGGUGCGGGGUGUGGACAGAUACAUCUAUAACCGGGAGGAGUUCCUGCGCUACGACGACGACGUGGGGGAGCACCGGCCGGUGACGGAGCUGGGGCGGUCCUGGGCCGAGGACUUCAACCAGCAGAAGGACUUCAUGGAGCGGAAGCGGGCCGAGGUGGACACGGUGUGCAGACACAACUACCAGAUUGAGGACAGGUUCAUCCUGCAGCGGCGAGGUGAGCCAGGCCGUUCGCGCCCCGCGGCGCCCCCUUCCGCCUGCGGAGUCUGGGAGGCGGGGCGCGUCGGGCGACGGAGGGGCGGGGACGCGGGGCCGAGCUGGGGGACUGACUCGGCAGCCCUCCGCGGUUCCCUGCGAGGGGGGUGGGUCCACCAGUGAGACUGCGCUUCCUCUGCUGUUUCUGCCACUUCU